GUGUUAAUUCCGCGAUUAUCCAUACUUGCACUGUAGCGGCUCAUAAAUGAUUUGGUUGGCUAUCACUCUCAUCAUUACCAUUGGAUCAUUAUACUUUCUUGACUUCAAUUCCACUCUUCACGUUCAAAACACUUCCUUCUCUGUACGCUCGUAAAGAUCUACUCAAUCUUCAAAAAAGUUCAACUUCAUAGAGUUCGUGAACUCUUACUGUUUACAAGAAUACUUGAAAAGCCAAAUCUCAGGAGGUAAGCGUUAAAAACUGCAAAUUUACCUACCCAUUAGUCAAAAUCAUUUCUGGGGCGUUCUCGAUUCAAUUUUAGUAAGCGGGUAGUUGAGUAAUCUUCGAAAUCAUGUCAUGUAAUAAUGCUUUUCUGUGCAUUUUUGUGAUAUUAAUGUCACUUUGUAUUGGUUCCGAUUCUACACUUGGGAAUAAGCAUACGGUGAGCUACAAGUAUGAUAGAAUCGAUGAGGUAAAUAAAAAAUGUGCCUUUGUUUUGAAAUCUGCUUCUGAUCUGAAACCUGAUGAUAGUGGGAUGAAUGACAUUACAGAGGAACUAUCUUUUUUGAAUGGAGAUUGGUGGCAAGAAUUGAAUGGAGAAGGGGCUCCAUUGAUGCCAUUUGAUGAUAGAGAUCUUUCUAAGGGCUCAACGAAUCUCGAAUCACCAUUGAAUUUGGUUUCCUUUUGGGUUACUGAUGUUAGUCGAAGUCAUCGGUCUUGGAACUCCGUUUUCGUUAGUGGGUUUUUGCAAAUGGGCAUAACCCUCGAGGGUUUAUUUGCAGAAAAACCUUAUGAGAGAAUUCCUCGAUUCGACAUAUGGCCAGGUCAUUCUCAGCUCUCUGUUAAAUUCCAAGGAAUUUAUGCUGAAUGGGAGAAAAAUUAUGGGGAGAGAGUGAUGUGUUUGUUGGGGAGUACGGUGUUGCCUUCUCGUCAGCCUGAUUCAGCUAAUCCGUGGGGGUGGUUGAAAGAAUCUGGUUAUACUAAUCAACCACUUCUUACACAAGAUGAUCAGAUUUUGCUCGUGCUUUAUUAUCCUAGAAAAUUAACCUUGACGAGAAGAGCUAUCUGGGGAAGCAUGAAAAGUUUGAAUCCCAAGUCAAACCUAAAGUACUUUGAUGAAGUCCAUAUGUCUUCUUGGUUGGGCACUUCUGUAAACUAUGAAUUUGGCUCAGAAAAUGUUGUGUCAAAAGCUUGUGAUCCAUAUCCAUUCAAAGAUAGCUCGAUGAAUGGUGAAAUAGAUAUAUAUAAAGGGCUUGAUUUUUGUGUAAUACUUGAGAGAUUUACUCGCCAAGAAGCAUUAACUAUUGUGCCAAACUGGAAGUGCAAUGGCACAGAAGAAUUUUGCAGUAAGUUGGGUCCAUUUGCAUCGGAUAAGGAGAUUAAUGCCACAGACGGUAGCUUCAAAAAUGUCAAGCUUGUUCUUCAGGAUGUCCGCUGUGAGAAAACAACACUACAGGACACUCAUGAUUUUACAAGGGUGUCUUCGGUAUUUAGAGUUGUUCUUCCUUCUGAGAAUCAGUUCACUGCUGCACAGAGGACUGGGCUUAAUAAGAUGACUCUUUCUGCUGAGGGAAUUUGGAAACCUUGGAGUGGACAGCUUUGCAUGGUUGGUUGCUCUUGGAUUGUGGCUGCAGAUGGCACUGGCUGUAGUUCUCGCAUCUGCUUAUACAUCCCUCUCUCAUUUUCAAUAAAACAGCGGAACAUACUUAUGGGUACUUUUUCUAGCUUAAAAGGCAAUACCAGUUCAUAUUUCCCUUUAGCAUUUGAGAAGCCAGUCCGUCCUUCAGAAUUGUGGGAUCAGUACACUGCUUCUCGUCCAUUCUACAAGUACUCAAAAAUUGAUGCUGCUGGUGCAGUCCUUGAGAAAAACGAGCCCUUUAGCAUUGGGACUGUAAUCAAGAAAUCAGUAUUGAAAUUCCCCAAAGUAGAUUACAUGGAGCAGUAUACUUCUAGUCUUUCUCUUCUCUCUGAAGAUCUCACUCUUCACAUAUCUGCAGUGCCAGAUCCAUAUCCUAAUUCUGUUCUCCCGAAAACAUACGUGGAAAUGGAAAUUUUGUCAGUGGGCCCUUUGUUCGGGCGCUACUGGUCUUCGGAAAAUGGUUCAUCCUUUCAGAAUGAAAUUUCUCAGCCAGAUACAACGGAAUAUACAGAAAAACAGCUCCUUUUGAAUGUAUCUGCUCAACUUAAUCUUGCAGAAAAAGAGUACAGCAAUAUCUCUGCACUUUUUGUAGAGGGGAUUUACGAUCCUCGUGUUGGAAAGAUGUAUCUUAUUGGUUGCAGAGAUGUUCGAGCCUCAUGGAAGAUCCUAUAUGAAAGUAUGGACCUUGAAGCUGGGUUGGAUUGUUUAGUUGAACUGGUGAUCUCAUAUCCUCCGACUACAGCCCGUUGGUUAGUCAAUCCAACCGCAAGAAUUUCAAUAUCCAGCCAACGGAAUGAAGAUGAUCCACUCUAUUUUGCCCCGUUAAAGCUGCAAACAUUCCCCAUUAUGUAUAGGAAGCAACGUGAAGACAUUCUUUCUCGCAGAGGUGUGGAAGGGAUUCUCCGCAUCUUGACACUUACCAUGGCAAUUUCUUGCAUUUUCAGCCAACUUUUGUACAUCCGAGAUAAUAUGGACCCUGUUCCUUAUAUAUCUCUUGUGAUGCUUGGAGUACAAGCUAUUGGGUACAGCCUUCCUCUGAUUACUGGUGCAGAAGCUCUUUUCAAAAAGGCUGAUGCGGAAAUUCAUGACCUCCAGAACAGUCGGGUGAUUCGUUUGGUGGACUAUGCAGUGAAGAUUCUAGUGUUGGUUGCCUUUUCAUUAACUUUGAGGCUUUGUCAGAAGGUGUGGAAGUCCCGCAUCAGAUUGCUAACACGAACCCCUCUCGAGUCUCAUCGUGUUCCAAGUGACAAGCGAGUAUUUCUUGCUACCUUGAUCAUACACUUCAUUGGAUUUAUCCUUGUUCUCAUUCUCCAUUAUGUGAACACAAGUCAUAAGCCUCUUCAGACAGACCGUUUCAUCGAUUCCACUGGAUACUCUUAUACUAUACGAGAAUGGGAAGUUGUACUGGAAGAGUAUAUGGGUCUUGUUCAAGACUUUUUUCUACUCCCUCAAAUAAUUGGUAACCUAGUGUGGACGAUCCAGUGUAUACCACUCAGGAAAUUAUACUAUAUUGGGAUAACUUCAGUUAGACUUCUUCCUCACAUAUACGAUUAUAUGAGGUCGCCCUUCCCUAACCCUUACUUCUCACAAGAGUAUGAGUUUGCAAGCCCUCGUUUGGAUUUCUACUCCAAGUUUGGAGACAUUGCUAUACCAGUAAUGGCGGUUUUUCUAGCAUUUGUGGUUUAUGCUCAGCAGAGGUGGAGCUCCGAUGAGCUCAGUCAAACUCUUACGUUGGGCCGAGCUAAAUUUCUACCACUGGGUUCCAAAGGAUACGAGAGAUUGCCAACUAUGUCAAUUGAAGCUGAGCUUACUUCGGCAGUCAAUAGAGAUGCCUCUCUUGAGGAAGAGGAUAAUGAAGAAUGAUUGAGAUUGCACUCGACUUCUCUAGCAGUGGCCAAACAUCCACGACUUCGAUGUUGGUGCAUAUGAUUCAGAAGUUGACAGGGAAUGAUUCAUAAGUUGACAAAUUUGCGUGUUUUUGCAUUUUCCUUAUAUGAAGCAAGAUCACCUAUAGUAGAAAGGUGAUGGACAUGACUAGCGGCUGCACCAGGAGCUAUCAAUGUAGUUAUGUUUCAUAUCACCAAACUUGGUUCCACCAAAACAUUUUCGAUCCACCCUUUAUCCUCUGGCCCAAGUGAACCUCGAAGUUGGGAACAAUGGACGUGUUGAUAGAUUGGUUCGUAGUACAUGUCUUCUAAUUAAAUUAAUUUGCAAUGUAUGCUAGAUUAGUUCGCUAAUGUAUCCACCUUGUAACCUUUCUUUAUAUCAAUGAGUAGUUUAUGUUUUUAUUCCACUUGGCUCGCUGAAGAAUGUAAUAAAAAAAAUUAAACAAGCAUUCAACUUUAUUGAACUCGCAUGUCAUUGAUAAUACUUUCUUAAGUACA